AUGGAUGUUAAUUACAUUGGACAUGUUGCAAUGACAAAGAAAUUUUUACCAUUACUUAUUACUAAACGUGACUCACGUGUUGUUAAUACUAGUUCAGCAGUUGAUUAUAUUGGAUUUCCAAGUUCGUCUGCUUAUUGCGCAUCGAAAUGUGCGCUUGAAUCAUUUUCGGAUUGUUUACGUCGUGAAAUGGUUCCAUGGGGCUUAAGUGUUAGUGUGAUUGAACCAGGUGCAAUGAAAACACCCAUUAUCGAAGCGAGUUGUGGAUCAUUCGAAGAUUUUUGGAGUAAACUUCCAAGUGAUAUCAAGGAACGAUGGGGAGAAGAGUAUAUUAGAACUGAAUUUCAUAUAAUAAAAGAAAGUCCACUCUUCAAAUUUGCCGAAGAUCCAAUGAAAGUCGUACGAGCUCUUCAACAUGCUGUUAUGAAUAAAUCUCCUCAUAUUCGUUAUCGACCUGGUUGGCAAUCACCUUUUAUUUUAUAUCCACUUUCGAAUUUACCUGCUUGCAUUGUUGAUUGGCUUUUUAAUGUACUAAACAAAUCACGUGAUGCUCCAACGGGUGUUUCUCAACAACCUAAAGGCUAA